AUGAAAAAACUAACAAAGGUUAAAAGGAAACAGUUCCAAAGGAAACGCGAUAACGUGUGGAGGAGCAGGAACAAACAAAUCAGGGAUUAUUUACGAGGAGAAUUGCGUAGUUGCUAUACGCAGGGACUGCCUUACAUUGUCGACACGGAGAUCCACUGGAUUGAGAGGUUAUUUUGGAUAUGCAGCUUUAUAUGCAGCCUCGGUCUGGUGGGUUCGCUGAUCGCGUCACAAUAUGAGAGAUAUUUUAAAGAUCCCGUAGUGAUGGGUUUGGAAAUAGAUUACUUUAACUGGAACAUAUCUUACCCGGCUAUAACGCUGUGUGCAGACGACGUGUUGGAUGAAGAGGACCUACAAAAUUUAGCCAACGAAAUCGAGGAAAAUACAGAAACGAAUUUAACGGACGCUUUGAAAACGUUGGCAACUUUAACAUUGAAUAAUAUAGACAACCUGGACUUAAUUACUUUCAACGAUAACAUAUUUUCUAAGGAAUUUAUAGACCCACGUGACUUUAGAGCAUUAUCAUCUUUAUUGAUAAAGAAAUUUAGUAACGAUUGCUUGACCACGAGCACCAACUGGCCAAUCUCGGUCAACUCUGUCUUGACCGAAGUAGGGAUGUGCCACGUUCUCAAUUCAAAUGUCGCUGUUUAUGAUGAUCCCUCUGUAUCGGAAGAACAACUAAUUCCUUACGAGAAAACCAACAUUGAUCUGUCCGUUUAUGACAAGGACUUCUUUAUUCAACUUUUGGAUUAUGCUAAGGAGUUCAAGCUCUUCAUCCACCACCCUGACGAGGUUAUUCUCGCCACCUCUCCUUCCUACCAAAUUGGUAGAAGUUACACGUCCUUAGCGGUGAAAGUCUGGAGCACCCGUGUGACAGACUUGGUUCACUAUUUUUAUCAGAGAUACAGAAAGUGCAGGUUUUUAGACGAACCAAUAAGUAAAAGAUAUCCUGUUUAUUCUUACAACCAUUGUCUUUUGGAAUGUAGAAUUCGCAUGAUGUUGAAACUAUGCAGAUGCGUUCCGCACUUUUACAAAUAUCUAUCUCACGAGGAAGUAUGUGAUCUAAAACGGCUCAAAUGUAUAAAGGAAUAUAAAAACGAAUUAAUGAAAUUAUCAACAUCUGAGAGGACAUGGAAAAGAUUCGCAAACAAAGAUGAUUUGCCGAAAUCGCCGCGUGACUGCAACUGUCCAAGUAGCUGCGAAUCAGAUGUUUAUCUGAAGGACGUCGAAACAGUUUUGCUGGGGCAGGAAAAUGACAGAGUAAGGAUCAGUAUAACCUCGUUCCCGAAGAUUCGAGUAAUGCGGGACGUUAUUUUUAGCAUCUACGAUAUUAUUUUGAGAGGAUUUGGCGUUAUGAAUCUAAUAAUGGGCACAUCAGCAAUUUCUUUGAUGGAGUUAAUAUUAAUUAUUACGAAAAUAAUUGUACUGAGAAUAAUAACUUCAAUCGAACUUGGGAUAAACUAUCUGUGUUGUCAAUUCAGGGGCAAUACAAAAAAGUAA